CAAUGUUGUGCUCAUUAUCGAGUGCUAAUUGAAACAUUUACAUGAGUAUAUAAGUAUUAGGAGAGAGAAUGAUCAAGUUAAUUAAUAAACUAACCAACGAGCUAAAUUGAUUAUAACUUGUCAACCUUUUCAUCUGAAAGUAAAAGUUAAUUAUGUUUAAAUUAGUAUUUGCUUGUGUUUUAUUGGCUUUCGUUGUCGGUGUUUCAUUUGGUGAUCCCCAUCGACCAGGUAAAUACUUGGAUCAUGACCGAACUGUGGUCAAUUGUGCUAAAUACAAGCGAGAGGCCAAUCAACACUCGUGCGUCCUUUCACCUUUCAAUACGGAAGGACCUUAUUUCUUAUCCGAUGAUUUAGAGAGAUCUGAUAUUGUGGAUGGUCAAAUUGGUGUUCCAUUAGAUUUGAAAAUUAAUCUGGUCAAUUCCAAUGAUUGUACUCCCCUUGAAAACAUGUAUGUUCAUAUUUGGCAUACAAAUGCUGUGGGCAAUUACUCGGGUGUAAACAACGCAGGUCAAGAUGUUGGUGGUUUUUUUGGUGGACAUCGACCAUAUUAUGAAGAUGCUCGACCUGGAAACAAUGGUUUUGGUAGUUAUGGUCGACCCACUCCAACAACCAACGAAAGAUUCUGUCGUGGUUACCAGGUCACCGAUUCCAAUGGUCAAGUUAACUUCAAGACCAUUAUUCCUGGUUGGUACUUUGGACGAUGUCUUCAUAUUCAUGUUGAAAUUUUCGCUAAAAAUACAACCGAAAUCAAUGAAAUCUCAUAUGUUGGUCAAAUCUUUUUCGAUCAACAAUUACCCUAUCAACUUAAAUUAAUCGAACCUUAUUCACAGAAUAAUCAGCAACUCACGAUCAAUGAAAAAGAUCAUAUUUAUCUAAAACAUGGUGACGAAACUUUGAUUAAACUCGAUUCCAAUGGUUCCAGAUUCUCAAGUGCAAUCACGUUGGGUUUAAAUCCUGAGGCUAAAUAAAACUGAUUAAUACUGAUAUCGAAACAGUUAGCCAACUUGGCGUUGAUAUCGAAAAUCAAAAGUCAGAUUAAUAAUCAAUAAACCUAAAUUUCUAAGCAAGUAAAGUGAUAAUCUCAA